AGAUUUUUCUCAUUUAUUGAAAAGAAAAAGAGAACGAACAAUAGCAAGAGUCACGCUGGCGGGGAAGAACGUUUCUCCGGAAGCGGAGCAGCUUCGCGUGACGCUGCUUUCCGACGUUGAAAACGACGCCGAUGUUCGAAUCCCCGAUACAGCGCAUCAAAUUAGCACUGAUUCGUGGUUUCAAGUGGGGUUUGUGUUGACUACGGGAAUUAAUAGCGCAUAUGUGGUUGGAUAUUCGGGAACCAUAAUGGUUCCCCUAGGUUGGAUAGGGGGCGUCGUCGGUUUGAUUCUUGCCACCGCUAUAUCGCUCUAUGCAAAUGCUCUUAUUGCUAUGCUCCAUGAAUUUGGAGGAACAAGGCAUAUUCGUUAUAGAGACCUUGCUGGAUAUAUAUAUGGUAGAAAAGCUUAUUCCCUCACUUGGGCUUUGCAGUAUGUCAACCUUUUCAUGAUUAAUGCCGGGUACAUCAUUUUGGCUGGUUCCGCUUUAAAGGCCGUUUAUGUUCUGUUUAGGGAUGACGGGCAGAUGAAGCUUCCAUAUUGUAUUGCCAUAGCUGGACUUGUAUGUGCAAUGUUUGCCAUUUGUAUUCCCCAUCUUUCGGCUCUUGGAAUUUGGCUGGGAUUUUCGACUGUCUUCAGCCUAGUAUAUAUUGCUGUAGCAUUUGUGCUGUCAAUUAAUGAUGGUAUAAAAUCACCUGCUCGAGAUUAUAGCAUUCCAGGGACGUCAACAAGUAAAAUAUUUACAACAAUUGGCGCGUCUGCUAAUCUUGUGUUCGCAUAUAAUACAGGAAUGCUUCCUGAGAUACAAGCAACGAUCGAACAGCCAGUUGUCAAGAACAUGAUGAAAGCCUUAUACUUUCAGUUUACCGUUGGAGUUCUGCCAUUAUAUCUGGUUACCUUUGCAGGAUACUGGGCUUAUGGAUCUUCAACAGCAACCUAUUUGUUGAGUGACGUCAAUGGUCCAGUCUGGGUGAAGGCCAUGGCCAAUAUUGCAGCCUUUCUUCAAUCUGUCAUUGCAUUGCAUAUAUUUGCAAGCCCAAUGUACGAGUAUUUGGAUACCAAACAUGGGAUAAAAGGGAGCGCCCUGGCUUUUAAGAACUUGUCAUUUCGAGUGUUGGUAAGAGGUGGCUACCUAACAUUGAAUACUUUUGUAUCAGCUCUAUUGCCAUUCCUUGGAGAUUUCAUGAGCCUCACAGGAGCGAUCAGCACAUUUCCCCUUACAUUCAUCCUUGCCAACCACAUGUACCUAGUGGCAAAUAAGAACAAACUAACAUCCUUUCAAAUGCUCUGGCAUUGGAUCAACAUUUGUUUCUUUGGCAUCAUGUCUCUUGCCGCAACUUUUGCAGCCCUGCGGCUUAUUGCUUUAGACUCCAAAACGUACCACGUUUUCGCGGAUUUAUGAUGAAGUUCACUAUAUUCUUUCGACAAUUAUAAUGCUUAUGUUUUGUGCUUCAAAUUUCUUUCAUUUUAAAAAUUAAUCUCAUCAAAUUUUUACCUUAUCUUU